AAAUAUAUAUACUAAAGACCGUAGAUUUAUUAAACAAUAGUACUUGCGGCUAAUGAUGCCUUCUUUCUCGUGGAUCGGUAGUAUUUGUGAUAGUUUUCCAAGUUCUCGAUACAGAGAAACUUUGCAAGCGCACUAAAAAUAUUUGCAAGUGUGUGUAAUUGAAAGUCUGCACCUGGAAUGGUAUAAAAUUAAAAUACUUAUUUUAAGAAUAAGUACAUAACUUCUGUUGAUACAUCUGGCAAGAUCAUGGCGGGUUUUAUGGCCUUAUUUUCUGGGGACGCAGUGCAUGAGUGAGUGAUUGCUGGACUCAGUCGUGGGCCUCGUGACUCGUAGUGUUGGCGCCUAGCAGUGCCGCGUGGGCCGCCGUGGAACGAGGGUGGGUGUGACGCACCGCUCGGCCCUUCAAACACUCGCAUGUUGGCUCUCCACCACGAUCUUUCGAAUGUGGAGGUGCAGGUGAUUGUCUAUGUACAGUAACUGAAGUACUUUCUGGAGGAAUUAAGUGUACAGAAAAUAAAAAAGAAGUUUUGAGAUGCAUUUGGCAGGCUAACUUUUACCCGGAAACUUCAAGCUUGACUCGGACGACAGGCAGCAGUGCAAAGCAAACCAUUGGAACAUGCAGUGAAAUCAGUAGAGCUCACGGGAGGAAGGGAGACCUGAGUGGGUUUCAUGGAGGAGGGGGUGGUUGGUAGAUCGUCAGCGGUGGCGUGGCGACAGGAGGAACACAAUGACGCGGCGGGCGAUUGUCAGACACACGUGGGCAAAUGGUGAGCCGAGGCCCACUGCCACGCCCCCCGCCCGCCUGCCUCCAAGACACCCCUGCCUCACCACAGCCACCUUCUCGAAGUAGCAGUUGAUCGUGACACUGGAAGGAAAAAAAAGACAACAUUUAACGUUUCUGGGAGAGAAUUCCUGAAAACGUCACUGAAAACAUGCAACUCUAAAGCAUAUCUUUCUGUCAAGGAUUUACGUGGAUUCCUUUGAACAGAACUUGAUAUUUCUAUAAUUCUAGGGUGUGAGAGACCAAUGAGACAAACAGUAAAGUAGUGAUAAUGAAGAGAUAGAAAAAAAAAAAAAAUACGGACACCAUCUAGCAAAUAACACUUGGCGUAAAGUCACGUUGUUUGCAUAGUUGUUUACCACUGCCAAUCCAACGAUGUCGUGACAACUGACCUUUGACAUGGUUCCAAAGCAACAAACAACACUGCUGCAUUAAUGAAUGAAGUUAUAAUAUAUACAAGAGAAAGAAGCCACAAAGCUGAUGCUGAUGAGAUGAGUUGAACGAAAACAACACACAAAAAAAAAAAAAAAAAAAAAACCGGAAGAUGACUUUCAGAGCAUCAUACAAGUCAGCAAUAAAGGCUCCAUCACCACAAAGAAGAGUAAAAAGUGUCAGAAGGCAACAUAAAUAAAACUUGAUAAACACAAGUGUAGCUCAAUAGACUACAGCUCAAGUGGUCGCAAGAACAGUUUUAAUUUUCAUUCCUUAUAAAGUGAUGCCCUGAUCUCAGCACCUCGGUCUGGCAGCAGGUUAGAGGCACAAAGUAAUAAUUAAGUUUCAUCAUUAACGUCAACGCUGCAGAAUAGGCAGUGAUGAAUGGCGUUGAAAGAAGAGAAAGAAAUUGCCGGGGGAAAGUCUGCCAUCAUAAGACUACUCUAUUAAGUUCUCCCGUGAAGAUUCAUGCUUGUGUUUGACCUUGGCUACCUUGACUCCAUCUAAACUGAACAUCUACUGAAACCAUGGAACAACUCUUUGAUGCCUGGAGAGAGAAAGUUAUGGGGAUAAGCACCAAGACUGAUAUAUCCCUGAUACGUAAGUGAGAAACACACUAAAAAACACUCAUAAUUUAGUGAUCUUGUUGAUGAAACUGUAAUGAUUAUGAAGCAGACUUUAAAAGAACGCCUUGUGUGAUUAAUCUGUCUAACUAGCGCUGGAAAAAAAAAAAAAAAACUGCUGAAAUAAUUGAACUCCUCACAUUUACACCAAUAACGGGACUAGGAAUGAUUUAAGACAACGAAAGAGGAAGGAACUAAAGAAGACGAAGAAAAAAAAAUAUCUUAACUUCCUCGUUACAAAAGAUAAAAAAAAGAAAGAAAAGAAAAGAAAAGGAAGACAUACAUAAUAAUCUUGACCUGAAUCUUGCAAGCUGAUAUUUCUGACGAAGCGAAAAGUAAGUUAGCAGAGGAGGGAAGCAUCUAAUCCCUACCUAGGUCAAGCAAACAUGUGGUGGCGCGCGUCGACAGGUGUCAGGUGUGUCUGCAGGAUGGAGGGCCUUGUCACCUUGCCACCUAAACACACCUCACCCUUGAAUUUGCCGCUUUAGAGAAAAUGAGCCUCCGUAGCGGCGCCUCACCUCUCCACCCUCACCACGUGCCCCGCUGCUCCACUUUGCUGCUCAUCCUCUUCCUCCUCCUCGGCUGCCAAGAACCUGUUUCCUGCGACGAUACCACAUCCUCACCCUCAGCGCCUCCUUCAGUAGAGACACCAUCGCCCCUACAGACGCGCGACACUACAGGACUUCAGGAACACACGCCGCCUGGAAUAUACCGGCAGGAUCCUCCACUGGAAAACAUGUUUAGGGAUUCAGAGCAAGAUAAGGGCCCAGACUCCGGUCCCUCUCUCCAGCAGACAUCAGGCGCAGCCAUGCCACGCCGCCGCUCGCCACCCAAAGCUGACAAAGUUCUCAACGCCGGCGGAUGGCCAGCAGGGCGGCAGACGGAGGCCAGACGUGGCUUGACUCGGUGGAAAGUUGGCGCGAGAGUAGCACAGGACGGGGAGUUUCCCGUUCCGUCAGCUGGUGCAGGUGCGAGGCAAAGGCAGGGUCGUGUGGGCCAUCUGGGACGCCUUAAUGAACAGGCAUUCCCCACAGGCCCUCGAGGUACGCCCAACCCUGGCGGGGGACAGGGGGCAGCCCUCCCUAGCGCGGGAGCAGGAGUGUUCUCUUCACUGCCAGACACGGCCGCUGACGUCGUGACCUUACCUCCACUCCUGCUUGAGAGGAAGAUGAAGCUUAUCGACAUAAAAGAGGACAAAAGAGUGUGGGCAGCCACAGCCAAGUGCAUUCUGUGCAGCGCUGAUCUUAUCCUCGGUGGGCGUAAGGCCGCUGCCCCCGCCCCGGAGGGACUCAGAAAGGAGGGAGGGGAUGAGAAGCAGGAAAAGCGCAAAGACCAACAGCAAUACAGACUGAUGAUGACAAAGUGUGACGCGUGUUUGAGGAAUGGCGAGGUGGCCGGCCAAGGUGUCGCCGCGAUCCAGGGCGGGGUCGGGGCGGCGAGGGAGCGGCGGACACACCAGGAGGAGGCGAGGCUCAGUGCCGGGGCGACACCACACCGCGAAGAAAAAAUCUUUAGUACAAAUGUUCUUUUCAACACGGAUAAUAUCGCCGCCUGGACCCCGGUGGCUGGCGACGCGAUGAUAGGACAUGUGCCGCCCCUGGAUAGCCACUCGAGGGCAAGGAGGCCCUUUGGAGUGUCUCAGGUCGUGCACAACCUCGAUCCUGACGCACGGAGAUCGCGCAGAGCCCAGCAUACACACCCACAGGCGUCCGUGCCCCGCCCCACGCCCACUGCUGCCCCGUCAUUGAUCCCGGGACAGGGCGGCGGCAGAAAGUCCCCGGCGGCAGCCCCGCACAAUGGGGAUGAAGCCAGCGUGCCCCACAAUGGAUCACAGGAGCGCCACAGUUUAGCCGACGAUGCUUCACAAGUAGAGGCGGGGGCAGGUGAGGGUGCUCAGAGGCCCUCCUCCCCCCGCUCCCGCCACCUCCGCCAUCCCUCGCCCCUCAACAAUGGGGAGCGCCCUCCAUCCCGCCCGUGGCCCAAGCUUGUGAAGGAGAGUAAUAUCUCGCCACUUACGAAUUCUACUGAAGAUACCAAGAGUGGGGGCCAAGAGAGAGAUACGGACAGUCCUGAUGAAACAAUGGGCGUUCUGCAUAUCGCCGAUGCUUCCCCUCUGAGUGUGGCUGAAGGGGAGGCCGACGGGGAUAUUAAACCUAAACUUAUAUCACAACUCGAGGAGGACGAGGAGGAGGAGGAGGAGGAGGAGGAGGAGGAGGAGGACUCUCUCGUAGGUGGAAUAGUGAUAGUCUUCCGGCACAGCGCCACCAAGGAGGAAGAGUCCCAUUUGACGCAUAGCUCUUCGUCAGCCCCUACAGGAGAAGUGAUCGAGUCUGUCUCAAGUGAAGAGGAAGGAGCAGAAGACCAACAACAACAACAACAACAAAAGAAACAGAGUGAGGAGAUUGAAAAGACAGAGGAGGAGGAGGAGGAGGAGGAGAAGGAAAGCACAAAAGAGAUGACGAAUGAUGGCAGGAGGAAAGAAGAGAAGCAAGAAGAGUGGAAGAGUGUCUUGCCGAGUAAAGAUAGUCAUGCAAAUCUGGAAGAGGAGGAGGACAGCGGAGAGAAGGAGACGCCGAUAAAGAUAAAGGAAGGACCAACAAGUAUGACGGACAGGAAGAGGGCCUCGCCGCGGACACCCAAGGGAGGAGGAGGAGGAAAGACCCAACUCUCUUCCUCCCUUCAUACAUUGCCAACCUCCCGGCGCCUGGUCCUCCUUUCCCCUCCCCCCAGGGAGUCUCCCAAAAGAAGGUUAUUUCCAGCGAGCCUGAGGUGCGUGCGCGGCGGCCCACCCUCCAGCCUGGUUACUGGAAAACGCCGCCAGGGGUCAAGAUACAAUGAGGGGAAGACGUUAAGUAGCACGCCUGUGUCGCCUGAUGCAGUCACCAGCAAGGGGGAUUGUUUUGAGUUCAGUGAAAAUAUUAUCAGAGACUUUGUUUCCUGGUUGGGGUGGGGGACGGGGAGGCUCCGUGUGGGUUCUGGGGAUCCCAUGCGUACAGGAGGGAGAGCCAGGACCUCUAACCCCUCGGUGACCCCUCCAUUGGUAAUUUACUGUGAUGCAGCGAGUAAAGGGUGUUUUGUGUCCUGCCGCCCCCGGGAGUCUGCCAAUAGCUCCGUUCUAGGGCGUCGCUAUCCCCGCAGGGCCAGGUGGAGGGGCAAGAGGAGUGUGGAAGGGACGCCAGUCGGGAUGAGAGCUGAGAAUAGCGGAGAUAAGCCACACAAGCGACAGCGCGCUGGGAGAGGGCGAGGGAGCCCCAGCAAGGAGUGGAAAUUGACAGGCUGGAAUUUGGGUAAAGGGCAACACCGAGGGAGGCGCAGGAGGGGGACCAAGCCCCCCUUCAUUUACGACAAGGAAGGGCGGCGGCUGCCUGGUCUGUACUCCAGCUGGGUGGCGACGCUAAGGAGACGCUCACACAAGGGUGGCAGGAAGGCGGAGGCAGGCAGCGUCCUUCACUUCAUCGACGCGGCGCUGGGCUUGGAUUAUCCACCUCGACGUACGGAAAUGCUCGCGACACUCACACAAUUUCAGAACUUGUCAGACAGGCCAGAAGUUUCCUCUCCUUCUUUGAACUUAAAUAAAAAAGUUUUAAAAGUCCAAUCGAAUAUCAAACAUGAAGAGGGGACAGAGGGAUUUUCCCGCACCCCACGGUACUCUCGGGCCAGGUCCCCGAGGGCAACCAUCACGCCCAGACGGGCGCAGCGCUCCCCGCCUCCAGAUGUGUCGCGCUCUAUGGAAUACAGGCGAGGGAGAGCGGGAGAUGGCGUUACUUUGGCCUUAAAGACACCUGAUUGGGAGGAUCCCGCCACCGUCCCGGAGGAAGAGGCUGUUUAUAAAGACAAAGACGAACUGGAAGAGGAAACAGAAGCCGUGGCAAACACGUCUUCGAAGAGCGCUGCGGCGGGUGAACACACUACUCCCCUGAACGACAUUAGCGAUCCGUCUUGUGGGGUUAAUGCCACUGCCGCGAGUGACAGUAGAGGCAACGACCGCGACAACGGUUCUGUCGCUGCGUGUGGCGCCGGCGAGCAACGGAACAAAGUACGGAAGAGACACCCAGUGAGGAUAAAUUGACUCCCAAUAACACUCAUGGCAACCAGGCUGACCCCGCCCUGCCCCUCACGCCACACACAGAAGACCUAAUGCAAUCAUUAACACAGGCUGAGGAGAUCGAUUCGGCUCAGCGAGGCGGGGGGCACGUCUGCGUCACCAGGAGUGAUCGACGUGGUAGACAUAAAAGAUGAGGUGACAGACGGGGAGGUGAGCAGCCAUGCGGAAGACGAGGCAUCAGGCGGCGCCAACACGAAAAGCAAUAAUAAUUACAACAACAGCACGGGCAGCAAUUAUGUCUUCCAACACUACUACUCUAGCAACACUAGUAAUGGCAGGAACGUUGAUAAUGAAGAGAAGGCACCAGUCAUCAUCCACAGCAGCUGUAGCGGCAGUAACAACAAUAAUAGCAUAAGCAAUACCAGUAAGAACAGUAAGAAAACAGAGACAAAGAACGUUAGUAGUAUUAAUGAAGAGGUAAGCGGGUCAACUGAAAGCAGCGACGCCCCAGGUCUUGCACCUCAGCACUUGUAUGACCACGCUGAAGUGCAAGUGAGCGCAGCAGCCGAGCAACAGCAGCAGCAGCAGCAGGUGAGAAAGAAAGCAGGAACUGAAAGCGGCGCGUAUGGUGGGCUUUCCCAGGAGGGGUGGCGCAGGGCGGGACAAGCUCCCUCCCGCAGGCUGGGAGUCAGGUCCGGCGGUCACAUCUAUGCUCGGGGACUGUACUGGGGGCAAAUAGGGCGAAAAAGUAGAUGGCAAAGGCCUUACCAGUCCCGAUGGCCGUCUGCUUACCUCCCGUCCGGUCCCUGGGCCGCGAGAGUGCGUGGCUACUCCCGGGGUCACGCGAGAGCGUCCCGUGCGGGCACAAUGGCCGCU